AUGGACGAAAUCGAGACAUAUACAAGAAGAUGGAACCUGAGGCUGACAGGAGGACCCCAAACCGAUCAGGAGGAUGUGCGCGCCAAGGUGAUCCAAAUCUGCCAGGAGGUCGUUCCUGACACGAAAAACAAGCUGGUGGACAGUGUGGAGACGGUCCACCGAUUGGGAAGAAGACGCGCGGCUGCGGAGGGCUCUGCACCUCGGCACAUCAUUGUGCAGUUUGUUUCUCGGGUUUGCCGGGACGCGGUGUGGAGGGAAGCUAAAACUUCACUCUAUCUCAGACAACAUGGCUUGUGCUUCAAGGAGGACAUAUCGAAAGGGGAUCGAGAAAGACAGGAGAAACUGUGGCCCCAGAUCCAGAGAGCGCGAGAGGCCGGAAAACGAGCCGAGCCUUCUUCACGGGGGCCGAGCCUUCAUCGAAGGAACAGGAGAGAUCGCGCUCACGGAAGAACAUACAGGAAUGAAGGUUUGGCGUCUGGAGAUGGUGUGUUGCCUGACUCUGUGGAUGCAGCUGAGGGAGGCACAGUCACGUUCACCACUUCACUGGCUCCAACACAAACUCCAUUUAUAACAAUAACUUGGUAUUUUGGCAGUACAACUAUCAUCACUUCAAACACUGAUAGUAACUUUACUGCUCCAGAGUAUGAAGGCAGGAUCACUCUGUUCAUCUCUACUGGAUCUCUGCAGCUCAGGAACCUGUCUCUUAAUGACGCUGGAGAGUACGGCGUUAUCCUGAAACCAGCAGGAAGUAAGGUGCAAAGUGGGACCUCUACAUUGAACAUUCAUGAGCCAGUGUCUAAUGUGAGAGUCACAGUGAGCAGCUCAGACUUAGUGGAGUUCAACAGUUCUGUGACUCUCUCCUGUUCUGCUGAUGGGAUCAACCUGACAACUUUCCUCUGGUUCAAUGGCACUUCUGAAGUUACACUCAGUGACAGAGUGCACCUCACUGAUGGAGGAGCAACUCUCACUAUAGCCACUGUGUGGCGCUAUGACCAGGGACCAUUCACAUGUAAAGUGUCUGAUCCUUUCAGUAGCAGCACCAGUGCCCCAGCAGAAGUCUCCAUCAGCUAUGGACCUGAUGAUGUCAUUUUGAGGAGCUCUCCUUUACUUGAUUAUUAUGAGGAAGGUUCAGACUUGUCUCUGUCCUGCUCAGCUGACUCCAGACCUGCAGCUCACUUUAAAUGGCUUUUCAAUUCAAAGCUGUUGUCUUUUACUGGAGCACAGAUACAAGUGAAGAACAUGCAGACGAACCAGAGUGGAGACUACAGCUGUCAGGCUUUCAACAGCAAAACUCUCAAAUAUACAACGUCUCAGCCUGGAGAAUCACAAAAGUUUCUGUUGUGCCAUCCUCCAAUGAGCCGAUCGAGGGCUCCUCAGUGA